AAUUUUAUAUCAGACGUUACAGCCAUCCAUUGGAACAUUACAGUGAGACAUCAGUAUCGCAAUUCCAACAGUGGGACCGCGUGUGUGAUCCCUAAACUCGACCCAUUCGAUCCGUCUAUCAUGCCGUACAUCUGGGAACCCUCGCCAAUCGUCUGUGACACGCGCCCACAAAUACUGCAUACAGACGACUCUGGGGAGGCGCGCUGGAACGAGAGUGCGCUUAGGCUGGCGGGCCUCAGGAGUACGGACGUCCGGUGCGUGUACGCGCCCAUUAACUUACUAAACGACAUGGAGGUUCGUUUUGGGAGUCCAGUGAAUUUUUCCCCACCUGCAUAUUUACCUGAGGAAUUCUUUCAAAUAGUGUGUAGGAAUACCAAAAACACAGUGGUUUUUGAAAAGCUGUUUUCUGUUAUACACAAAGAGAGCCCGAGCGUUAAGCGCGCCAGAGUGCGUGCCUCCAGUGCGUCCAAGUUGAGCGUCGUGAUGCUAGGGAUCGACUCCGUCUCCCGCUCCGCCGCCAUCCGGAAGUUACCCAAGACCCUAACAUACCUCAGAGAUGUGUUGCACUCGUACGACUUUCGGGGAUUAAUGAAGGUCGGAGAGAACACUUACCCAAACCUGGUUGCCCAGCAGGUGGCGCCACGCGGGCGCGGCGCUGCGUGCAUCAGUCAGCCAUGUGACGGCCUGCCGUUCAUCUGGAAGAAUUUCUCGGCUUACGGGUACGCCACGAUGUAUGCAGAGGACUGGGCUUACGAAGCUACGUUUACUAACCACAAGCCUGGCUUUCGGUCCCCGCCCACGGAUCACUACAUGCGCAACUUCUGGCUCGCUUUGGACGAGCAAGAAAGCGGCCAGAUGUCGGGCAUUGGCGCUCUCAAAAACGUGCUCUACCCACUAGAGUUCACAAACCUGAAGGAACAGGGCUCCGAGACUGCCCGGCGGUAUUGCUACAAUGAUGCCCUCAGAUACCGGUACAUCCUAGACUAUUUGAAACAAUUUAUGAGUGCCUACACAGGCCAGAGAAGGUACGCGUUUACGUUCGCCAACUCAAUCGCCCACCAGGUGGACAACUUCUUGAGCAUAGCAGAUGAUGGCUAUUAUGAAAUUCUUAAAUGGCUCAAAACAAAAGGGCAUUUGAGAAAUACUGUAGUUAUGUUUUUCUCCGAUCACGGCUCACGGCUGGAGCGAAUUCGAAAUACGCUUGUUGGCAGAGUAGAGGACAGGAUGCCACUUCUCCACUUGAUUCUACCGGAACACAUAAAGCAAAAAUACCCGCUUCUAGACAAAGUUCUGAAGCAAAAUCAGGAAAGACUUACUACUCAUAAGGAUGUCUACAAAACUAUAAGUGAUAUUUUACAAGGACAGUUCAAGCCUUAUAAGCUCAGCCAACCGGCCUGGGGCGGGAUAAGUCUCUUCAGCGAGAUUCCUAAGGACCGGUCAUGCGCGCAGGCAGGCAUACCGGAUAGCUUCUGUGCUUGUCACACGGCAAGGCCCCUAAAUCUUACUCAGCACAUAGAUAUUGCGACAAAACUUCAAACAAUAAUGAUACGCGAAAUAAACAAUUACAUUACUGGGUAUCCAAAGUGUUUAAAAUUAGAGAUCUAUAAAUUGCAUGCAAUAAGAGUUAUAUCUAAUGGGUUACAUUAUACCAAAUCGUCUAUAAAAUGGUUCUCCACGUUGUUCAAGAUGUUCACGCCGGUGAACGACACCACCGAGCGGUAUGAGGUUGUACUGCAGACGGUGCCCGGUUGUGGCGUCUUCGAGGCAACCUAUGAGGUCGUACAGAAGGACGAACCCGUGCGCGUGGGUGACAUUGUCCGUAUAAACCGGUACGGUGGACAGGCGCACUGCAUGCCACACAAACAGCUCAAGAUGGAGAGAUCAUGCACUUACCAAAACAUGAAUGCCCAGCACGUGGCGCUACAAGGGCACGGCACUGCGUGCAUCAGCCAGCCUGCUUCAUAAAGUGAAGUUGGGGCUAUACAGGAA